CCACCUACUCGUCAUUUAUCGUACACACGCUGAGCGAGACAGUGCGCCCCGCUUGGUACCUCCACGGAACUCUCGAUCGUGCGAAAAUCGAGACAUAGAAUCGAUACUCUGUCGAUUAUAAUUGUAACAGCACCGCACUAGUUUCCCGCGCGUUCUUUUUUCAAAAUUAGAGAAUGAACUUUGUUUUUUUCUCGCGUGUUGUGUUUCAUGUUUAAUGCCAGUUUAAAACUAUUAAUAUUUUUCUCUUAAUUAAUUUAAUGUGAAGUGGUGUAAAGAUUACAGACUUGCUGCCUAUUGUCAAAACAAUGUAUUGUUUAAGAAUUUGAGAAGUUCACACGCUGAUUCCGACAGCAAUUACUUGAUAGACAUCGAAAUGCAACCCCAAAGAUGAAGCUAUAGCGUGUGAGAGCGAUGUGCGCGGCGGGUGCGAGCGGGUGGGGAGGGGCCGCGGGCUGACAUGGCCUCGCUCCUUCUGCUGCUGCUCUCGGCAGUGGCGGCGCAGCGGCUCGGGGACGUCACCAGGCGGGACGCGGGAGACACCUUCACUUUGACCAGUGAGUUUUGCGAGGCGGCAGAAUGCGCAGAGCACGGAGCGGGACGCGCGGGGGUCACGGGGGCCGCGGGGGCCGCAGGGGCAGAGUGCGCCUGCGCAUGCCCGCAGCGCGCGCCGCUCUUCAGGGAAGACCGGGAGCUGUGUGUCGACGAUCUACCUGAAUGUUCUUUGGCUACUUUCGGCACAGGAGUCGGUGUGCAGAGGAUUCCCUUCGUCUUUCUACCACUGAAGGGCCAGAUCAUCCAUCCGUCUAGAGAAAUAACCUUUCAAGGUGUGCAGACGCCGAUAUGCGCGGUGUCGGGCGCGCAGUUCCUGACUCGCAAGGGGUUCGUGGACCUGCGCAGCUCGCUCGACGCCGACGUGCCCUUCAGCCUGUUCCGGGAUGAGGGGAGGACUUUUCUGCAGUGGAGCGGCGAAGACGAGUUGCGCAUGCGCAUGUCGGGGCGCGCGGUGGUGGUGCGGCUGCUGUGCCGCGACGUGGCGGCGGCCACGCUCGACCUGCGCGCCGUGUUCACGCCGUGCGUCGCCUUCCGCCUGCAGGGGAGCCCGCCGCGCAGCGGAGCCAAUGUCACAGAAGUCCAGUUUGCCCCAAAUGCGCACACAUCCGAAAUGACCGCUUCAUCGGGCCUCACAGUCAGCGAAUACGUAGCCAUAGGCAUCAGCUCCCUAAUUCUCGGCCUCAUCUACGUAGCCUCAGUAUUCCUAUACCUUCACAUGAAGAAACGCCGCAAAACCGCGUCAGAAGACAGCAGUAGCGUGAAAAGAAUUAAAGGUUUAAAGAAAAAAGACGGAACAUCCAUAACGGAACAUGAUAUAAUUCGCAUCAAUAAUGAACACGUUAAAACAAUUGCCAACGCGAUGGGAGAAGAUAAUGGCAUCGGCGUUGUCAAGAAGAAUCCGUUGCUUGCUAUUGGAAGGCAGUAUCAUGAAAUAAAAAGUUUCCCAAGUGAUUCUGGCAGUAAUAUUUCAGAUUCGGAAGAUUUUCCUGAUAGCAGCACUCGAAGCGAUGAUGGCAGAUUCACUAAUCAAACUACAUCUGUUUUGGUGCACCCUCAAAGCAGAGAGGUCAAGUUGCGCGAAGAGAACUCAUGCGAAGCGGCUCACCGAGACGAGUCGAGCAUCGAACGACUACCCGACGAGCACGUGUCCAUCGUGGAGACUACCGAGGACCGAGACAUCGCUCGACCAGUCGGACAGACACGGCGGAAACUCUACUUCAAUCCUGCGUACUUUGAACCACAUCUCAUGGCUGAACCGCCACAAGCAGCUUUAGAAUUCCUUGUGAAAAUACGUGAAGUAAUAGCAAUAGCCAAGCACAAGAUGGAAGCUAAACGAUUUCAACCCGUUCUUAAUGAAAUACCAGAGGAGGAAACAUAUCCGUCGAAUGGAAAUAGUAUCGACAUCUAUCAAGGAUUAGGUAGCCAGAGAAGUGGGAGUGUUGUCAGUCUGAAACGUGAAAGUAGUCGAAAGAAGUCAACCCCAUGUGUAGGGUGUCCUGGAUGCAGAUCUGAGGACAGCAACAGCAUACAGAAUUUCAUGAAAUACAAUGUGCCGGCCUGCUCCACAUGCAAUCAUAGUAGGGGUGAUAAACAGAACAGCAUACGCCAGUGGCUAGAAAACAUUCCUACUGUUAAACAACAAACACAAUUUAAUGAUACCAUGUCUAAUACGAGCCAGAAUUCCAGCUUAGUCAAUUCCCUACAGUCUCUACCAUCUAAUCACAAAAACAAAUUAAUGAAACAGAACAGUUUCUCUGGACUAAAAGAUCAGCUACGAUUUUCGGAAAGCCUACAUCCUCCUAAAAAGUCUAAAUCUACAUUAUCGGUGAGAUCUGAACCACCGCUAAGAAAUUACAACUUGCCUCUGCCUGAUUUUGAAAGCUUUGAAUGUCAACAUAGGAACUAUUAUGGACAAACUAUAUCCCGUGUGGACGAUAUUCGGCCUAUUGGUCUCAAUAAUCACCGGCCAGGCAGCGCUCGAAGACAAUCAAUGUCCAAUCUAAGAAGCCAAAUGAUAUAUUCAGGCAAAGGCGUUUUGCCCGAUAUGGUUAAUGAAGCAAUCGCUCUAGACCAUACGAAAGGAUACAAUCAAAGUAGUUCUGAUGAAGAAAGAUUUUAUAAACACAUUCCACGUAAUGCCACUCCUAAUAAUCUGACCAGGAAAAGUUCUGCCAGUCCUCCAGGAGACUAUGAGACUGAUAGUUUAGAAAGAAUGUCGCACAAAAAAGGGGUAUCCACACCAACAGACUACACUGAUAUAGCUUCCUCUCAAGCAAGUCCUAGCUUAAGCAACGCACUACCGUUAGAAGAAGAAUUAACAAUGAUGAAUGCUAUUUAUAAAGGGAGUAUCAGAAAUACGCCUUCACCUUUUAAAGAAGUAAGCAAAACAAAUAACGAUAAUUAUGAAAUUAUUAAUCAAAAUAGUAACGAAACUCAAAAUGAUACAACCAAUAUAAAUGGAAAUGACAAUAAAGAUUAUAGUUUAGUCAGCGAAGUUUACGUUAAUAAUAAUUACAACUUCGGAAGCACGCCAACAUCUCCAAGUGGCUCGGAAAGUUCAUUGGGGAGUAGAAAGUUCAAUGCAACAAACACAAACAACAUUGAAGAAGUAGCUGGUUGUCUUACAAUAGAGUUGAAGGAUCCACCUGAAAAUUAUAUCAAAAUACAUGAGUCGGACGGUUUUGAGCCGGACACUUUAGAUAGGAAAUGCCAAAAGCAGAAAGAACUCUUUGACACAACCCAAAUCAGUAGGAGACAUUUAAUUGAGAAACUUAACGCUGAAGAAACUAAAUCAAAUAGCCACAGAAUACAAUUAAGAAGCAGUGGCACAUUUAAGAAGCCCAACCCGAACAGCACAAAAUUCAACAGUCUCCGGCACAUUUAUGAGGCUGGCAAACCGCAGGACCGGCCCACAAUAUCCACUGACACAUUUAGCAGAUCAAAGAGCUUAGACUGUAACGAAACAUGGGACGACACCACCCCUGAUUGGAACACAGAAGAGGGUAGAAUAUUGUCUUUAGAACUCAGGCAUUCGAAGCGGCAACGUCAGUGCACUCCACCGACUAUAAAAGAGAUGAAGAAUUUAGUACGACCAGACAUUCUGCCCCCUCUACCACCCACCGAAGAACUUCCCAUUUACGAGCAUCCACCAUUCCCACCGAGAAGAGUAGAAGACAUAACAAUAGAACAUUCAAAAAACUUGAGCGGCAGAAGCCUCAGUCCGAGAAUAUUUAUGAACAAUACGACAAUUGAUCACGAUCCAUUUACCACCAGACCAAAUUCAAUUCAUUACAUAACCCAAGUUGGACCCGCGUGCCGUCCAACGAGAGCUUCUGUCUCAUCUCUGCCCUCGGACUACGAAAAUAUACAAAAUAUACACAACUGUUCACACGGGAAAACAGGACCAAUAGUUGACUUGUGCAGGACAUCCAGUAGACUAAGAAAUAGCAAGAGUUUCGCAGGAAUUAACACGAACACUUUCGUCAAAUGCAAAGAUGAUCAACCUAAAGUAAAGUUUCGGAGACGCAAGGGGUCGACGGUAGAUGAUUCAGGGUACCUAAGUAGUGAUUCGGCCAGUUCUAGGCAAGUGCAAAGGAGGAUUGUAGUGCCAAAAUUAGUGAGUUGUAGUGAAAGUGACGAUUCUGAACACGAAGCCAGGAGUGAGUCGGGAGCUGAAAGCGUUGAAACGCAUUCAGUUUUCUUCGGUAGUUUUAGGAAACUGCGGAGUAGUGAAAGUGACAAUUAUUCUAACCGCAGUAAUCGCGCACUUAGCAAUAGUUCUAGAAAAUAUCAUAUGAAGCAAUCAUCAUAGUUGUAUUUUUAUAAUUUAAUUUAAUACAUAAGUUCGCAUUUAAAUUUGAAGUUCCAAAUAGGUUAAAGAUUUUUAUAUACCUAGUUUGGUGCAAUAAUAAAAUGAAGUGCAAUAAUAUUGUGCAAUAAAUAGACAUCACAUUAACAUAGAUGGUAACUCGUAAGUUUUAUAACCAAGUAGCUUGUAAACGAAUACCCCUAAUAAAGGUAAUAGAUUAUAAAGGCCGGAUGUGCAAUGCAAUAAAUAGAUUAGUUAGUUACAUAGUAUGCAGGAGAUGGGGAAAAAGACUUGUUUAUAGACCAUGGCUACCAAUAAUAAAUCCAAGAACAAAAUCUAGUGGUGUGUGAUAAUUAUUAUACUGAUAAUAUACUUAUAUGCCUAACAAAUCUAUAUGAUGACAACCAAGAACUGAAGGCCAACACCACUAUAGUCCAAAUCCUGAUAAAGCUAUGUCUGUAGCCAAGACUUAUUCCUCAUUCUCCGGAGUAAACCUCUUAAUUCUAACGUUACUUAGUAUCAUAAUAAUAAUAUGUAAGCGAGAACAACGCAAUAUAGCGCUCGUUCGCAAUGAAAUCCUGAUCUUCCAUAGGGUUAGUAAAGUUUAGAGUCGGGCAGCAAAGCUACCCAGUACCUGUGACUGUUUGCUCCAGAAAGGGACUCCACAUGUCCCUUUCUGUGAGAGCAACAAGGUUUAAGUCGUUAGGCUUCAUGUGUUGGUAAUGGCAAUCCUGCUACGCUAUUCCGUAGAUAUAAUACCAACCACUAGCGCCACGGCAGCUUAUGGCACUACGUACCAUGCAAAAUGUGAAGAAUAUAGGUAUUAGAUACAAUGAACUUAUACCUUUCCUUUCAACUAUUAUUAGUCUUGAAGAUUGACUUUAGAAUAAAUUAUGUUUUAACCGACUUCGAAAAAAGGAGGAAGUUCUCAAUUCGUUUGACAUUUUAAUCGUAAAAAGGAAUUGGAUUGGACAUAAGUAAUUCGGUAUUAUUUACAGGAAAUAAUAAUAACAUAUAGAUUUAAAAUCAGGAAAAUGCUAUUGGUUUUUGUUUUGUUCAAUAUUUUCGUAUGGAUUGGCUAUUACCAACAUUCUGGGUUUUUUAUGGUUCUGGUACUUUUUAUAUAAUUUUAUUAAUGUACAGAGUAGAUUUAUUUAUUUGUAGAUGGUACGCCUAUACGCAGGUAUAAUUAUUAUUAACUCAUAGGUAUUAGUAAUUUAGUUUAUGGUAAUACAUAAAAGGUGCUGAUAAUUUGGUGCUCAAUUAUACUUACGGGCUUCCCGGGUUUAUUAUCAUGAAUUUACUCAAUUUAUACAUAAGUUUCAUCUCACAAUUAUGAUUGUAAAUAUAAAAAUAUAGAUUAAUGCGCAAAGCGCAACUAGAAAGAUAAGUAGAUCAAUAGGUUUAUUCCAUGUUUA